AUGGGAAAUGCAAUUACUUUUUCCUCAUCUUUCUUAGAUCGUCCUCUUUAUAAUUCUCAAUUAUAUGAAAAUAUUACUAUUCUUUUUGAUCCUAGAUACGGUCGUAUGACACUUAUUUAAAACAAGCUAAGCGGCUUUUUGUAUGAAUACUAUAAUAAUAAUUUAAAAAACGAAAUAUAUGAUAGAAUAAGAACUUCAUCAAAAUACUCUGAGAGAAGAGUAUUUAGAUCCACACCCAACUUCCCUUUAUCAUAAAGUUAUGACAGGAUAAACUGA